AUGGGAGAUAUUGUCGUGGCAAGGAAGGAAGGAGGAGGACCCUCCAAGAUAACAUGUUCGAUGCUUACGGCAACGAACUACACUAUUUGGGCAAUCAGAAUCAAGGUGCUGCUUAAAGUUCACAAAGUCUGGGAAACGGUGGAGAAUGAAUCUGAUGACAGUGAGAAGAACAAUAUGGCCACAACUCUAUUUUUUCAAUCUAUACCCGAAGCACUCAUACUACAAGUGCGAGAAUUGGAUACUGCGAAGAAAAUUUGGGAUGCAAUUAAAUCUCGACACAUGGGGGCAGAUCGUGUUCGUGAAGCAAGAUUACAGACAUUAAUGGCUGAGUUCGAAAGAUUGAAGAUGAAAGAUAGCGACACCAUUGAUGAGUUCGUCGGGAAGCUAUCCAAAAUCGUAGCCAAGUCAACCGCUCUAGGUGAAAAUAUUGAGGAGACAAAGCUGGUCAAUAAAUUUUUGUCAAAUCUCCCGCGAAACAAGUUUAUACACAUUGUUGUGUUGUUGGAACAAGUUCUUGAUCUAAAGACUACGAGUUUCGAGGAUAUCAUCGGAAGAUUAAAAGCUUAUGAAGAUCGAGUGAAAGAGGAGGAAGAAGUAGAGCCAGAUACGCAGAACAAGCUUAUGUAUGCAAAUAUGGAAUCACAGCAAUCCUCAAACCCUUCCAACCGUGACAACAAUAGCUAUUAUAGAGGUCGUGGACGUGGAGGACGUUACUACAACCGUGGCAGAGGGCGAGGUCGAUAUUACAAUGAUAGGUACUAUGAAAACUUCGACCUCUCAAAGAUCACUUGCUUCCGCUGUGAUAAAAACGGACAUUAUGCAUCCACAUGUCCUGACCGACUUCUAAAGUUACAAGAGAUCACAGAGACAAACAACAACAACAACAACAACAACAACACCAAUACUAACACACAUGAAGCUGAAGAAUUGAUGGUGCACAAAGUGGUUUAUCUCAACGAAAAAAAUAUCAAGCCUCAAGACUUUGAAUCAAACUCAGAGAAGGACAAUGUGUGGUACUUAGAUAACGGGACAAGUAAUCACAUGACCGGAAAUCGAAAUUACUUCAAAAGAAUUGAUGAAACUAUUACUGGAAAAGUGAGAUUUGGCGAUGACUCCCGUAUAGACAUAAAGGGAAAAGGCUCGAUAUUAUUUUACAGCAAAGACGGAGGAAAGAAAAUCCUAAGCGAUGUCUAA